AUGGCGGACGCCCUCUGUGGCCCCUCCAAUCCGCUCCAGAACCUCCAGAAACACAGCCAGGCCGAUCGAACCCUGCAACAAGACCGUCUGGUCGGACUCAGACAGUCUCCUGGACAGGGCUUUCGUACCGCCGACCCCAGAGCAGGCUCGCUUGAUGCCGAAUUCCAUGCCUUCGAAAAUGCAGCACCCAGCCCGUUCCAACUCCAGCAGCCCGAGUUUUCUGCGCCCCAGCAACCCGUCUUCCAUCCGCAAGCAUCGGGAGCAGCGCCAGGAUGGGCUGCGGACUUCAAGCGGUUGAGUCUCAACAAUUCACCUGUGCCGGCAGGACAAUUUCGAACCGAAGCUCCUCUGGUCAGGUCAGCCCCGGGAGGAUGGCAGAAUGAAUUCAUGCGGCAGAGAUCAGGCGCCGGCACGCCAGUGGCCCAGGGAAAGCAGGUGGUCCGAGAUCUGCCGCCGCAGCAGAUGAUGAACAUGAACACGAAUACCAGCAUGUUCGCCAGCCAGUCAUCGAUGAUGAACUACUCGCAACCGAUGUAUCAAGGCACGGGGGCAUAUGGUGCGAGUUCAAUGGCAGGACUAGGACAGCAACAAUACACGCAGACGUCGAUGACGAUCGAGGAACAGUAUGCCGAAGGGCAAAUGUCGCAUGAGGAUUACGAAGCUGCAUUUGCUGAGGCCGUGGCGCAUGCGCAAGAGAUGGACCAGCAGCAAUUGCCCCAGCAGGAAGAGACAGCACAAAGCCUAGAACAGCUGGCGGAGAUGAACCAGACGGAGUUGCCCAGAAUCGGCUCGGACGCCAUCAACUACCGAGAACAGGUGGAGCGGACAGCGGACCAGGACACCCGUGACGCCGACGAGCUGGCUCGUACGGCUGGGCUGCUGUUGAACAGUGUCCAGCACGACAUGAGCACGAAGUUCCAGAACUCACAGUUCCUAGACCUGAUGCGUCGCAUCCGCGACCGUGAAGUGAAGGUUCAGGAUAACGACUUACAGACAGUGGGCCAGGGUCAGGGUCAGGGUCAGGGUCAGGCGUCAACAAGCACUAUGUCUACGUCCCAGUCGCAGCCGACAACGGCAGAAGCCUUCUCGUCUAUGGAUGGGCAGAACAGGCAGCAGCAGACCUCACAAUUCCAGUUCCCAGACAUGGACAAUGUCUAUGCCCCGGACUCGAACACGCAAAUGACAGACGACGAAGCCUUGGAUUCGAAUCUAACUGCCGCCGCCGCAGCAAGAUUUCGCUCGCCAUAUACAACUUACGGCUUCGAGGAUGAUCAGUACCCAGCCAUGCAGCCGCAGAACCAGAUGGACGCUCUUCACCCGGGCGGUAAAUGGUAUCCGGACCAAAGCCCUCGGCUGCAGCGAGUCGAGAUGGAGACGGAGAUGUCUGGAGCCAUUCCCAGCGGGCAAGCCGAUGGUGAUGACGGAGCAGGAUUAGAGAGGAUGAUCUCCGCAAGUGAUUUUGAUUAUCUUGAUGAAAGUGCCGGUCUCUCUAGACGGUUUGUCCGAGGAGGUGAGACGGGUGCUUGA